AUGGCUCUCAUUGCCCUAUUUCUCCCAGAAGCAACAGACUAUAUCGCUAGCAACGGUGAGGAGACUGUCAAGCUUGCGCAGCCCGUCGACCAAAGCGAAUUCGUUCUCGGACUUCGGGAAGAAGCUCGCCGAGAGAAGCUUCCAAUCCAUGUUGGUAUUCAUGAGCCCGGAAAUGACAGAAGGAAAGUUAAGAACACCGUGCUAUGGAUUGAUGAGCGUGGGGAGAUUGCCCAUCGCUACCAGAAGAUCCAUCUCUUUGAUGUGGACAUCAAGGAUGGUCCUGUUUUGAAGGAGAGCAGUUCCGUCGAAAGGGGCAACAAAAUUCUGCCCCCGUUCGACACUGCGGUUGGUAAGGUCGGUUCAGCAAUCUGCUUUGAUCUCCGCUUUCCAGAAAUUAGCCUUUCCUUGAGGCGCCUUGGAGCAGAUAUCAUCACCUACCCCUCCGCUUUCACCGUCCCUACUGGUAAAGCACACUGGGAGGUAUUACUCCGAGCUCGUGCGAUUGAGACGCAAUCCUAUAUAGUUGCUGCUGCGCAGGUGGGCAAGCACAACGAUAAGCGCAUCAGUUACGGCCACAGCAUGAUUGUUGAUCCCUGGGGAAAGAUUGUUGCUCAGUUAGGUGGCGAUCAAGGGCUGGAGCCAGAGAUCGCUACCGCUGAGAUCGAUCAUGAGUUGUUGAGGAAGGUGAGGAUGGAGGUGCCGUUAACUAGAAGAACUGACGUGUAUCCCGAAGUGUAA